GAGGCCGCGGGGGCCCGGGGCUGCUGUGCCGGCGGCGCUCCGGCUGCAGGGCUCUUCCUCUGCCAGUGUCGGUUUAUCACCCCUCCCUCCCCACUAUCGCCUAACAAAACCAAAAAAGUGUCCUUAGCCGAAAAUUCUCUGUGGCUCUGCUGCUGUCCGUGGGUCCCUGCUCUUGAGAGCAUCCCCGUGUUCCCAGCGUAAAACUGCUGGGAUUUCAUGGAACCGGCCUAAAGCCGCGCAGUCUGUUCCUCUUGGCAUGCUGUUCCUUCUCGGGAAGGUGUGCUAACUCUCGGGUGUGUGCGAAUAGCGUUUCCUCGGCAAAGGUGAGUUUGACUUGUCACGGCUCAGCUGUCCAGGGAGAUGGAGCAGCACAGGCAGCACACGGUGAUGAUCAUCACUUUCUUCCUUCAUUAGUGGGACAAACAUGGUUAAGUACUUUAAUUCAUAUUUGUUUUGAAAUCAGCCGCUCAUUUGGCGUCAGCUAAAAGUAGUGUGGUCUGUCAUACCGGUGGCCCUGGGCUUCUGACAACUGUGUUGUGUUCUGGCUAAUGCUGAGCCCACCCAGACCUGGGAAAAGAAGAGUAACGCAUCCCAAACUGGGGAAAGAGCCUCAGUCUUCCUGGAGUAAUUACCGGACUCGGUUAAGCAGAAAUUCAUGGAAAAUGAGUUUCACUUAAAUGCAAGAGAUGCGGGUAUACUUCUUGCAACCAAACUUGUUUUCGGGAUAAUAAUCUUAAAAGUUGAUACAGUUGCACUCAAAACCUUUUAAAUUUGUUUAAAUUUAUGUGGCAAAGAAAAAACGUGGUAUCGUAUUUUUUCCUGUGAAUUGUAAACAUUUCAAAUAUCUCGAAUGCUUUAAUUUUUUUUUGCAGAUUAAUAAAUUUACUGAAGCAUUGUUAAGGAGCUAGAAUGGGAGUGAAAGGAGCUUUAAUAAUUUAGUCUCUAUUAGGUAUUUUGAUUAUAGAAACAUGGGAUUACUCUGAGUCUUGUUUUUGAAAUUGUAGGCAUUCCGCUGGUCAUAAGAAACAGGAAUUAAUCUUGGUAUAUAAGUAUUUCCUCUUUUCUGAUGGCAGUGACAAAAAUACUGAAGUUCAAAAUGGCUUGUUCUCAUCUUGUUUUAGCUUUUUCCUGUUAAUAGCUUUAAAUUAGUCUGUGGAUUUUAAUAAAUAUUUUGACUGUAAUCUAUCAUUUGGAUUCUGUAGCUUUUCUCUUGAUUGUCCAGCUUGAACUAGGUCUGCAAGAGUGUGGUAUGCUAUUGCAAGUCAUUGGUAUGGAAGAUGAUUUUUUUAUCUCCUCUGUAAUCUAAGAGUUUUGCAACUAACGUGGUGCUUAUUUUUAAAACUUCAACAUUUUCUCCAGGUUUAAGUUUGUUUUAUCAUACAAGUUCUUCACUGCCAUAAUGAGGCUAGUAAUUCUUGAAGAUUAUGAUCAGGCUAGUGAAUGGGCAGCCAAAUACAUCUGCAAUCGUAUUAUCCAGUUCAAGCCAAGUCAAGGAAGAUAUUUCACCCUUGGUCUACCAACAGGCAACACACCUUUGGGAUGCUACAGAAAGCUGAUAGAAUAUCACAAAAAUGGAGAUCUCUCUUUCAAAUACGUUAAGACUUUCAACAUGGAUGAGUAUGUAGGGCUUCCCAGAAAUCAUCCAGAGAGCUAUCACUCCUAUAUGUGGAAUAACUUCUUUAAGCAUAUUGACAUAGAUCCAAAUAAUGCUCAUAUCCUUGAUGGGAAUGCACCAGACUUACAGGCGGAAUGUGAUGCAUUUGAAAAGAAAAUUGAAGAAGCAGGGGGGAUUGAUCUGUUUGUUGGAGGCAUUGGUCCAGAUGGCCACAUUGCAUUCAAUGAACCCGGAUCAAGUUUGUCUUCAAGAACAAGAUUAAAGACUUUAGCAAUGGACACCAUUUUGGCAAAUGCUAAAUACUUUGAUGGAGACUUAUCUAAAGUACCAACUAUGGCGCUAACAGUUGGUGUGGGUACAGUGAUGGAUGCUAGAGAAGUGAUGAUUCUUAUAACAGGUGCACACAAGGCUUUUGCAUUGUACAAAGCAAUUGAAGAAGGAGUCAAUCAUAUGUGGACAGUUUCUGCUUUCCAGCAACACCCUCGCACUAUCUUUGUGUGUGAUGAAGAUGCUACUUUAGAACUAAGAGUUAAAACUGUGAAGUACUUUAAAGGUUUAAUGCAUGUGCACAAUAAGCUUGUGGACCCACUGUACAGUAUGAAAGAAAACUGAAAGAAGACUGAAGAGGAACUCCAUGUGGGUCAGCAGCAACAGUUUUAGGUAGCAGAUGAGUUCACUGCUAUGCAAUAUGCUGAAAACUGUUUAAAAUGGGAAAUCCUAGGUACUGUAUUUUUAAAAAGGUCCAAUAUCUGUACAUUCACAUUCCAUCUGUUUGCUGUGUUGUGCAUUUUGCUUUAACAUUUGGAGCUCCGCUGUUGGUACAUCAGUAAACAGAACAGAACAAACUUGGGAGAGACUGCACGUUAUGUAGAGAGGGGAAAAGCAGAGCACUUACUCUAGCACAGCAAUGUAUUGCAUCUGCCUCAUGUUAGAGAUGAUGACACUUCAUUUCCCAGAAUUCUUAAUUUUUGGCUUGGUUAGUGUAACUACAUUUUGCAUUUGUGUCUCUAGGCAGGAUGGUUUUGGCCUUUGCUACUACUAUGGACUUGUAAUAGUUGUACAAUUUCUACUAUGAAAUGUUCUGUUUACAUAUAUCUAAUGUACACUGAGCUUUUGCACUUGGUUGCCUUAAAUUUGUCUUAAACAGUUUUUGGGCAUCUCAAGUCCUGCUGUAUAUUUCAGGCAAAUGAAGACACAAAAACAGUGCCUAAAAAUGCACCAAAAUCUUUGAAGUUACAACUUGCUCCAUGGAUAAAAAUAUUAAACUUCUACAAUAGCACUUUUUCCGCUCAUGUACUUCAAAUUACUUUAGGAUUUUAUAUUUUUGGUAAUCAAGCUUUAUACAUAAGGAAGAAAUCUCAACGUUCCUUCCUGGAGGUACCUGGUCAAUUAUAUAAUGGAUGUUACAAUUAAAUGCCUGAAAAGAGCUUAAUUUACAGGACUAUAAUGUCUGCAAAUGAUCAUUUAAAGCCAACUGUUAAUCACUUUUUCAUUGUAUCAUUAUAAACAUUGAGCUGUUACAAGGAAUGUUAUUUCCUACUUUGAAUAUAAGUAAAACUUAAAUAUAAA